GAGGCCGCCGGGGCCCGGGGGACGCGCUCGCGCAGGGGCUGCCCCCUCCCCUUCCCCCCACCCUGGGCGGGGGCGCGCGAGAAGCGGUGACGUCAAGGGGCGCGCUGUGGCAGCACCUCCCCGCGCGCUAGUUAAAAAGAAGAAGAAAAGAGGGAGCGAAACAUGAGAGGCUGUGUGAGAAGCUGCAGCCGCCGGCAGAGGAGACCUCGGCAUCAUCUAGAGCCCAGCGCUGACCCUGCCUCCGCCUGCCCCGCCGCCGCCGUCGCCGUUUCUGUUCCUGCUACUGUACCACCUAAACAACUCCCGUUACACGGACAAGUGAACAUCUGUGGCUGUCCUCUCCUUUUCUUCCUCCUCUUCCAACUCCUUCUCCUCCUCCCACUUCCCAGCCGCAGCAGAGAGCCCCUAACCCCACUGACACUGGCACAACUGAAAACGGUGUCAUCUGCACAACUUUAUCUCGCUCCUCGGGCUCCCUUAAGGCAUUGGACCCAUCACCGCGUCUUUUAUUUUUUGCGAAGUUGCAUCGCUGAACAUAUUUUUGUCCCCGUCACCUCCCUCUGCCUCUGGAGUGCCCUGCAGCCCCGCAGCCUCCUCCUGGAGCUGCGCCUUAGUGCCUCUGCUGGGCAGUGGCGUUCCCCCCCAUCCUCCCGCGCCCAGCCCCUGCUGCUCUGGACAGACGAUGCUGAAGAUGCUCUCCUUUAAGCUGCUGCUGUUGGCCGUGGCUCUGGGCUUCUUUGAAGGAGAUGCUAAGUUUGGGGAAAGAAACGAAGGGAGUGGAGCAAGGAGGAGAAGGUGCCUGAAUGGGAACCCUCCGAAGCGCCUGAAAAGGAGAGACAGGAGGAUGAUGUCCCAGCUGGAGCUGCUGAGUGGGGGAGAGAUGCUGUGCGGUGGCUUCUACCCUCGGCUGUCCUGCUGCCUGCGGAGUGACAGCCCGGGGCUGGGGCGCCUGGAGAAUAAGAUAUUUUCUGUUACCAACAACACAGAAUGUGGGAAGUUACUGGAGGAAAUCAAAUGUGCACUUUGCUCUCCACAUUCUCAAAGCCUGUUCCACUCACCUGAGAGAGAAGUCUUGGAAAGAGAUCUAGUACUUCCUCUGCUCUGCAAAGACUAUUGCAAAGAAUUCUUUUACACUUGCCGAGGCCAUAUUCCAGGUUUCCUUCAAACAACUGCAGAUGAGUUUUGCUUUUACUAUGCAAGAAAAGAUGGUGGGUUGUGCUUUCCAGAUUUUCCAAGAAAACAAGUCAGAGGACCAGCAUCUAACUACUUGGACCAGAUGGAAGAAUAUGACAAAGUGGAAGAGAUCAGCAGAAAGCACAAACACAACUGCUUCUGUAUUCAGGAGGUUGUGAGUGGGCUGCGGCAGCCCGUUGGUGCCCUGCAUAGUGGGGAUGGCUCGCACCGUCUCUUCAUUCUGGAAAAAGAAGGUUAUGUGAAGAUACUUACCCCUGAAGGAGAAAUUUUCAAGGAGCCUUAUUUGGACAUUCACAAACUUGUUCAAAGUGGAAUAAAGGGAGGAGAUGAAAGAGGACUGCUAAGCCUCGCAUUCCAUCCCAAUUACAAGAAAAAUGGAAAGUUGUAUGUGUCUUAUACCACCAACCAAGAACGGUGGGCUAUCGGGCCUCAUGACCACAUUCUUAGGGUUGUGGAAUACACAGUAUCCAGAAAAAAUCCACACCAAGUUGAUUUGAGAACAGCCAGAGUCUUUCUUGAAGUUGCAGAACUCCACAGAAAGCAUCUGGGAGGACAACUGCUUUUUGGUCCCAACGGCUUUUUGUACAUCAUUCUCGGUGAUGGGAUGAUUACACUGGAUGAUAUGGAAGAAAUGGAUGGGUUAAGUGAUUUCACAGGCUCAGUGCUACGGCUGGAUGUGGACACAGACAUGUGCAACGUGCCUUAUUCCAUACCAAGGAGCAACCCACACUUCAACAGCACCAACCAGCCCCCUGAAGUGUUUGCUCAUGGGCUCCACGAUCCAGGCAGAUGUGCUGUGGAUCGACAUCCCACUGAUAUAAACAUCAAUUUAACGAUACUUUGUUCAGACUCCAAUGGAAAAAACAGAUCGUCAGCCAGAAUCCUACAGAUUAUAAAGGGGAAAGAUUAUGAAAGUGAGCCAUCACUUUUAGAAUUCAAGCCGUUCAGUAAUGGUCCUUUGGUUGGUGGAUUUGUAUACCGGGGCUGCCAGUCAGAAAGACUGUAUGGAAGCUAUGUGUUUGGAGAUCGUAACGGGAAUUUCUUAACUCUCCAGCAAAGUCCUGUGACAAAGCAAUGGCAAGAAAAACCACUCUGUCUCGGCACUAGUGGGUCCUGUAGAGGCUACUUUUCCGGUCACAUCUUGGGAUUUGGAGAAGAUGAACUAGGUGAAGUUUACAUUUUAUCAAGCAGUAAAAGUAUGACCCAGACUCACAAUGGAAAACUCUACAAAAUUGUAGAUCCCAAAAGACCUUUAAUGCCUGAGGAAUGCAGAGCCACGGUACAACCUGCACAGACACUGACUUCAGAGUGCUCCAGGCUCUGUCGAAACGGCUACUGCACCCCCACGGGAAAGUGCUGCUGCAGUCCAGGCUGGGAGGGGGACUUCUGCAGAAUCGCAAAAUGUGAGCCAGCAUGCCGUCAUGGAGGUGUCUGUGUUAGACCGAACAAGUGCCUCUGUAAAAAAGGAUAUCUUGGUCCUCAGUGUGAACAAGUGGACAGAAACAUCCGCAGAGUGACCAGGGCAGGUAUUCUUGAUCAGAUCAUUGACAUGACAUCUUACUUGCUGGAUCUAACAAGUUACAUUGUAUAGUUUCUGGGACUGUUUGCGUAUUCCUUUCCAAUGGGCAUUUAUUUUUUAGCCUGUCAUUAAAAAAAAAAAAAAAAAAAAAAAAAAAAAAA